UUGGCACACACAUUCGUACACCACACCCGUGUGUGUAGCGUGUAAGAACCGGGUAUAUAUAGCGCGCGUCCGACGCCGACCACCGAACGCCGCCGGCGUCCGCGCCCUUUCUUCCCGCCAUGCUCGCGAGGGCUCCUCCGCGGCCGUCCUCCGGCGCCGCCGGUGACGCCGUCCGGUGCCGCCACGACGACGCGCCGAGCAGGAGGCCGUGGGCGGUGCCCGCUGGCCGCGCGCGCGGAGGCCAGCGACGAGCUGGCGCCGUCAAGCUCGUCGCGGCGAGGACGGCCGUCGUGGCGGCGUCCGCCGGGGAGAGGAGGUCGGCGGGGCCUGAGCCGGUGGCCGCGGCGCCGGCGGACGGGGCGAAGCUCGCCAAUGGGUCCGCCGUUGCAGGUAUCAGCAAGCUUGUGACCUCAACUGUUGGGAAAUCGACAAAUAUCCUGUGGCAUGACUGCCCCAUAGGGCAGACAGAGAGGCAAAAGUUGAUGAACCAGAAGGGUUGUGUCGUGUGGAUCACUGGACUAAGUGGUUCGGGAAAGAGCACGCUCGCAUGCGCGCUGAGCCGGGAGUUGCACUCCAGAGGUCAUCUGACAUAUGUUCUUGAUGGGGACAACCUAAGGCAUGGGUUGAACCGGGACCUCAGCUUCAAAGCAGAGGACCGUGCCGAAAACAUACGCAGAGUAGGAGAAGUAGCAAAGCUAUUCGCAGAUGCCGGCCUGAUCUGCAUUGCUAGCUUGAUAUCACCUUACAGAAGUGAUCGUAGCGCAUGUCGAAAUUUACUGCCCAAGUCUUCAUUCAUAGAGGUAUUUUUGAAUGCCCCAAUUGAGGUGUGCGAAGGGAGGGAUCCAAAAGGCUUGUAUAAGCUUGCCCGUGCUGGCAAAAUCAAAGGGUUUACUGGAGUUGAUGAUCCUUAUGAACCACCAUCUGAUUGUGAGAUAAUGAUACAAUGCAAAAUUGGGGAUUGCCCUUCACCUAAAUCAAUGGCUGAUCAAGUGGUGUCAUACCUCGAAGCGAAUGGAUUCUUACACGACUAGAGGUCAAUGUUUGUGAUGCAUCGUCAGAGCACGGGAUCGCCAAUAUAAUGCUAGAUAUCUAUGUCCUUGCUGAUGAUGUAUCACACUUGAGAUCAUGUGGUUGACAAAAAUUUCUAGCAACCUGUCUAUGUGCAUAGCUUAUGGCUGACUGUGAUGGAACACGUUUAUGUCAGAUGCAGCAGUGUAAAAUGUAAAGGUGUAUGGUUGUGAGGUCAAUUGGAUUGUUUGUCACAAAACCAGAAAAUGGACCAUGGAAGUUUUCUUCCUGGGGACCAAGCGCCUGCUUGGUUAGUAAAGGGUGCUUUCAAGCACUAGCCUACACAGGCUCAAA